CCAUUUUGUUUGUGUUUAGGCUUUUCCUUACACAAAAGACAGCCACAUGAAGCUCCAUGGUUGUGUAAAUAAAGGGGGGACUGUUGACACUAGCAGCUGUCGACCACUUCCCAGCUCCAUUUCAAAUAUGGCCAAGGUAUAAAUGGCAUUGACGUGACUGCAGUGGCUGCUAAAAACAGACCUGACGGCGAGAUAGGAGCACGCACAUCGCUGGGACAAACGCCGCACGUUCCCUGCUUGGCCUCACGUAAAUUUUCAAACUUACUUUACCGGCUGUAAAGGACUAUUUGGGCAUUUUGGUUCUUUUCUACGUGAACAACAUGGAGAGCUUGGAGAAACAGCUCAUUUGCCCCAUAUGCCUGGAGAUGUUUACAAAGCCUGUGGUUAUCUUGCCCUGUCAGCACAAUCUUUGCCGAAAGUGUGCCAAUGAUGUCUUCCAGGCCUCAAACCCAUACCUCCCGACAAGGAGUGGCUCGUUGGCAUCGGGAGGCCGCUUCCGAUGUCCGUCCUGCAGACACGAAGUGGUUCUGGACCGGCAUGGCGUUUACGGACUGCAGCGAAACCUGCUGGUGGAAAAUAUUAUCGACAUGUUCAAGCAGGAAUCUAGCAGCAGUACCACGCCAGCGCCCGAACGAAAGGAAGCGGCGUCGCCCAUGUGCGACGUCCACAAAGAAGAGAAGAUCAACAUUUACUGCAUGACCCAUAAUGUGCCCACCUGCUCCAUGUGUAAGGUCUUUGGAGCCCACAAAGACUGCCAGGUGGAGCCAAUCAGCAGCAUCUACCAGACCAAGAAGACGGAGCUGAACGACGGCAUCGCGAUGAUGCUGGGCUACAACGACAGGUUACAGGGCAUCGUCUGUCAGCUGGAUGAGGCCUGUCGUGCCAUCGAGGAGAACAGCCGACGGCAGAAGAACCUUGUUUGUGAGAAGUUUGACCAUCUGUACUCCAUCCUGGAGGAGAAGAAGAGGGAGAUGAGUCUAAAGGUGACGGCCGAGCAGGAGGAGAAGGUCAACUACAUCCGCAGCCUGACCAUUAAGUAUGGGGACCACCUGGAGGAGAGCUGCAAGAUCGUGGAAAUGGGCAUCCAGAACAUGGAAGAGCAGGAAAUGGCCGUGUUCCUGCAGAGCACAAAACCUCUUCUCAAAAAACUUGCCGAAGCAUGCAGCACGUCGCACCUGGACAAAGUGGAGCGUGGCUACGAAAAGAUGGACCACUUUACCGCCGACUUCCGGAGGGAACGCAAGGCGUUGCGCAGUAUCGACUUCAUCCAAGAAGAGGAGGAUGACGAUGACGAGGAGGAUGACGACGAAGAGGCCGAGCAAGGGGAGCCGGCGCCCGCGUCUGUGGUCGGCAACGCCACACCCGCCCGACCCGCCCCGCCCACCCCGGCCACCUCCGCCCCAACUGCUCCCGCCCCGCUGCAGACAAGCCCCGCCCCUGCUGCAGCCAAAAGCCCAUCGUCCAGCUCACUGCCAGCAGGUCAGUAGGGAUAUUUUUGGGGUACACCUUUUUGAGUAUACCCUGAAGAAAGCACACUGUGCUAAGACUUUUUUGUCUUUUUACUACUUAAAUGUGACUUGUAAUUACUGGAUUUUAAAAAUGUAACUCAUCUGUUGUGACAUUUGAGUAUUUUGCUAUUUUCUGCCAAAAGACUAUGAGUUGUAUAAUCACCUUAGUAGAACCAAAAUUAUAUUUUAUAAUUAGGGGUGUGUCGAUCGAUUGACCGCCAAUCGGGUCCGGCCGAUUCUCCUGAAGAAAGAUGUGAUCAGCCAUUGCCAAUUUAUGUCAUUUAUUGCCGAUCACAAACACAGAUUCCGUAUGAUUGAAACUAUUAAUUUUUGGUUCCCCCGUCUGACAAGCCUGCCGCCAGCAGCCAAUUUUGUGCCUCUCCAUACACAGCCGUGCCCCUUAAAGUCCUACUGAAAUGAGAUUUUCUUAUUUAAACGGGGAUAGUAGGUGCAUUUUAUGUGUCAUACUUGAUCAUUUCGCGAUAUUGCCAUAUUUUUGCUGAAAGGAUUUAGUAGAGAGCAUCGACGAUAAAGUUCGCAACUUUUGGUCGCUAAUAAAAAAGCCUUGCCUGUACCAGAAGUAGCAGACAAUGUGCGCGUGACGUCACAGGUUGUAGGGCUCCUCACAUCCUCACAUUGUUUAUAAUCAAGGCCUCCAGCAGCAACAGCUAUUCGGACCGAGAAAGCGACGAUUUCAAAAAUUAAUUUGAGCGAUGAUGAAAGAUUCGUGGAUGAGGAAGUUAGAUUGAAGCACAAAAAAAAAAGAAAAGGCGACGGCUCCUGGCGGCGGCAGUGGGAGCGUUUCAGAUGUAAUUAGACACAUUUACUAGGAUAAUUCUGGAAAAUCCCUUAUCUGCUUCUUGUGUUAAUAGUGUUUUAGUGAGAUUAUAAAGUCAUUCCUGAAAGUCGGAUGGCUGCGGUGAACGCCAGUGUCUCUGAGAAAAGCCGAGGAGCCAAGAUCACAGCUGCCUUUGUGAGCUUCAGGAUGAGGUCGUAUAAUCCACUCAAGUCGCCGGUAAAAGCCGACUUAAUAUCACAAUUUUCCCAUCCAAAAACUUGCUGGUUGAAGUAGAGAAACAUGUUCGCUUGACCGCUCUGUGUUAAAGCUUCACAACAAACAAAGAAACACCGGCUGUGUUUCGGUUGCUAGAGGCAGCUGCAAUCCACUGCUUUCCACCAACAGCAUUCUUAUUUGACGUCUCCAUUAUUAGUUGAACAAAUUGCAAAAGAUUCAGCAACACAGAUGUCCAAAAUACUCUGUAAUUAUGCGAUGAAAAGAGACGACUUUCAGCCGUGUGUGGUGCUGGGCUGAAAUGUCCCCUUCAACCAAUAACGUCACAAGCACGCGUCAACAUAAGCGUCAUCAUUCCGCGACGUUUUCAACAGGAUACCUCGCGGGAAAUUUAAAAUUGCAAUUUAGUAAAGUAAAAAGGCCGAAUUGGCAUGUGUUGAAUGUUAAUAUUUCAUCAUUGAUAUAUAAACUAUCAGACUGCGUGGUCGGUAGUAGUGGGUUUCAGUAGGCCUUUAAUUAAUAAUAAUCACCUUCAAAUCGAGAGAAUUAGAGAAUUAUAUUUAUAUAGCGCUUUUCUCCAGUGACUCAAAGCGCUUUACAUAGUGAAACUCGAUAUCUAAGUUACAUUUAAACCAGUGUGGGUGGCACUGGGAGCAGGUGGGUAAAGUGUCUUGCCGAAGGACACAACGGCAGUAACUAAGAUGGCGGAAGCGGGAAUCGAACCUGCAACCCUGAAGUUGCUGGCACGGCCACUCUACCAACCGAGCUAUACCGCCCCCAAAUUGGCAAAAAAAAUGUAUUUUCUUUUGUUUCUUAAGUAUCAUUAUCACGUAUUAGAGGACGAGUAUAAAAAUACCCCACACCGAGGCAUGGUAAUAGCUAAGCUCGCUAGAAACAAUUAAACAUUAAGAACUAAGUGCUCAGCUAACCUGCCAAUGGCCUUGUGGUUAGAGUGUCUGUCCUGAGACUAGAAGGUUGUGAGUUCAAAACCCAGCCGAGUCAUACCAAAGACUAUAAAUAUGGGACCCAUUGCCUCCCUGCUUGGCACUCAGCAUCAAGGGUUGGAAUUGGGGGUAAAUCACCAAAUUAUUCCUGAGCUUGGCCACCGCUGCUGCUCACUGCUAUCCUCACCUCCCAGGGGGUGAACGUGGGGAUGGGUCAAAUGCAGAGGAUAAAUCCACCACACCCAGUGUGUGUGUGACUAUCGUUGGGACUUUAACUUUAUCUUUAACUUAGUAAACUUUAAAGAGUGUACAUUUAACCACGUCGCAGCAGAAAGUAUGUUGCUGCUUCAGCAUUGUCACAGCCAGAACGCGACAUGUGGGCAAGGCGGAUGGAACAAUACAUUGGUGGUGUCAAUACCAGGGGUAGUAUCAGUAUUUAAUCGAUACAAGAGUAAUUAGAUAGAAAUUUCAAUUUUUCAAUAAUUUGGUUGUCGUUUUUUGCGAAACUUUAUAAACUCAAGUAAUAAUAAUAAUUACUUGGACUCAGAAAACCAAAGGAUUUAAAUGAGUAAAGGACUGUCGUUUUUACUUUUGUUUAGUUAUUGUGUACUAUUGACUUCGAUUUGAGCCAACAAAAAAGAAUGAGGAACUACCGUAUUUCCUUAAAUUUUCGCCAGGGUGCUAAUUAAUUUAAAACCUCUUCUCACUCUUGCGCUUACCAAAGGCAUGCGGUAAAAGUAAGCAUGCGCUAAUUCUUUUAAAUCCUCUUCUCACUCCGGGAAUCACCAAAGGUAUGCAGUAAAAAUUUGAGUGUGAUGUAAGCUUGGACCUUAAAUCCUACUGUAUAGCUCUUAAUCUUCCACCCUUUAUGCGAUUUCAAAUUACCGGUAUUGAAAUCAGCCUCCUCCAUUUUGAAAAUGAUGACAGGGGAAGUGUCACUAGUUACGUCAGGAGUUUGACCAGGCGGUAAUACUAAGCAUGCGCUAAUUAUUUUGGGAAGCGAGUUUGACCUGGCAGUAAUUCAAGGCAGGCGCAUACUAUAUGCCCUGCGGGCAAUUCAAGGAAAUACGGUAGUUUAACUAUUGCGUUGAUAUAGCCCCCCCCCCCAAAAAACAGAUUAACUCGCUGGAAUGUAAAGACAAUAUAAGAUACAUCCAUAAACAUAGAUGCAUAUGCAAACGUGCAAUAUAUUUAUUCGUACAGUAAUCUAUUUAUUUAUAUCUGCACCUUAUUGCUCUUAUAUCCUGCACUACAACGAGCUAAUGCAACAAAAUGUAAUUGUUAUCUGUACUGUAAAGUUCAAAUUUAAAUGAGAAUAAAAGAAAGUCUAAGUCUAAGUCUAUGUCUUAUAUUGUUAUACUGUCGAUAGCACUCACCAUAAAUAAAUGAAACCAUGUACAGUUAGUACAUGUGAUCAGUAUUGGUAUCGGCUGAUUUCACUCAUGGAUGAUCGUAUUGGAAUCGGCAGAAAACCCUGAUCGGACACCCCUAUUUAUAAUUGUUAUUUUAUUGCUAAUUUACAAUUUACACUGUUCACAUGUUAUGUACAAAAGUAUAGGGACACCUGGUUAUAAAGUUGCCUGUGCUCUUCUGGGAAGACUCUGCCACUCACUGGUGUUGGACCUGGCUGGCCAUCUCUGCUCUCAUUCAACCCAAAUGUGUCUUGAAAAAAAGCACAAAACCUUCCCUAAAUUAUUUUCUCAUUGUCCGAAACCUCUUUGCUACAGUGAAGAAUUAGGACUAGGAGACCAUGGCACGACCUGUGAUUGAUGAAUUGUUCAAUUAGGACGCCUUAGGUGUCCAGUCUUGUCUAAUUACCACAAAGGACGGUCACUCGUUGAGCUUGAGCAACAUUCGAUGCAGCACAAUAGGAUGACUCACAGCUUUUGUUUGGUAUGUCAGUCAAAGAUCAUGCACCAUCUCACAAACACACAAACACAAACACACACACACACACACACACACACACACACACACACACACACACACACACACACACGCACACACAUCAACCUAAUUAGGUCCAUUUCAGCGUCUUGUCACUUUAUUUGAGCAAAUUUACCAAGCCUCUAAAGUUUAAGUGGAUGUAUGACUCUUGUGUUGUUAUUUUUUUCCCCGCUUCGCCACAGAGUUAACCCACGGCUCGGCUCUAUUUGUUCAUAUCUGUGUGGGCAAGAGUCUAAAUAUGCUUCACUGUGUUGCCAAACUAAGCAGCCUCUCCAUGUUUACCAUUAAAUGUCUACAAUUGUUA